CCCCGGCCCCUUCCAGGACGCCCUGCGAGCUGUUGGGGGCGUUGCCAUGGCAACAAUCGGUCCUCCCCCACGUCGCGACAGGGCGUUCAGACGCUGUCACAGUCGGUAACACCACUUUGGGACGGACGGCUCCAGGACGACAGGACAGCACCGACAGCGCGAUGGCAGCCGCGACUGCCGGCACAGGAUCCCGGUCCCUCCGUGCCGGCGGCUCCUCCCGGCGGUCCCUCCUCGCCCGCCGUCUGCAGCUUUCCCCGCCGGGAUUCCAGUCCGUCCGUCCCGAUGUCUCCCCCCUGGGCGCCCGGGCUCCCCAGCUCCCCCACACCCCGCAGAAUGUCCAUCUCCUCCCUCUGACCCCCGGCCGCUCUGUCCCCUCCGGGCGUGCCCCCCCGACAGCGCCGCGGCCGAUCCCGGCAGAAUUCCCAGAGCUCCCACCGGGAUCAGUCGGUGUCCGGGGAAGGCCGGAUGGGGGUUCGGGUUCCUCAGACUUUUCUUUUCUGCAGGUCACGGGCUCCAGCAACCCCAUCGUGAUCUCUCAGGAUGUGCCAAAACAUCCUCGAGACCUGCCCUCCCUCAAGCCCAAGCUCAAGACCAUCCGAAUCAUCACCAAGGACCUAAUCCGGGACCUCAUCAUUCCCCAGGAAAAGCCCCAACCGUGUCUCAUCAUUGGGAAAAAGGAAUAUGAGAAGAUCAAGGAAUCAGCUCGAUCCCCAACAGAGGAGGAGCGUUGGGACAGGCUGAAGACCCUGAAAGCCAGACAGGACGCUGCUUUCGAAGCCCUGGAAAAGGCCCAGAGCGAGGAGCUGAGAAAGGCAGAACUGCAGAAUGAGAGGGAGGAUCUGAGUGACCUGGAGGAGGAGAAGGAGCAGUGGGAAAGGCAGAAGCUGCUGCAGCGGGCAAUGAGGAUGAGGCUGGAGCAGGAGGAAGAGAUGCGGGAACUGACCUCGCUCUUCCUCAAUUCCAAGUGCAACAUGAUCAGGGACAAGCAAAUCCUGGAGAAGCGGAUGAUCCGCAAGGAACUGGCGGAGGAGGAGAAGCGCCUGGACAAGAUGAUGGAAAUGGAGUGGGAGAAGGGUGUGGCGGUCCAGGAGGAGCUGGAGCGCCAGAGGAAACAGGAGAUGAUGAGAGCCCGGCAGGACCUUGUGAAGCAGAUGGAGCAGAACGCAGAGAAGCGGGCGCUGAGAGAUGAGGAGAAAUACCAGGAGGGCCAGAAGUUGCUGGAGUGCCUAGAGCAUAUGAAGAAGGAGGAUCGGAAGGCUUGGGAGCAGAAACAGGAGCGACAUAGGCAAAUCCAUGCCGAAAUUCAGUAUUUCAACACGGAGAGCCAGCGGCUGAAGGAUGAGCAGCGGGAGCGGGAGAGGCUGGAGGAUGAGCGGGUGCUGGAGCAGCAGCGGCAGAAGGCUGAGCGCGAGGCCGCCUUGGAGGCGGAGCAGGAACAACUGCGCCUGGAGAAGGAGAAGGAGCUGGCCCGGCUCAGGGCCGCGCAGGAGCGGGCCCGGGACUGGCAGGCAGAGCGGGAUGCUCUGAUGGCCAAGAGGAACCAAGAAGCCGCAGACCGGGAAUGGCGGCGGCAGGAGCUGGAGAAUGCGCGGAAGAAGGUGGAGCUGGAGCAGCAGCUGAGGCGGGACCGGCUGGAGCAGGUGGCCCAGAAGGAGCAGUACCUGGCCAUGCAGGUGGAGCAGGACCGCCAGGAGUUCCAGAGGGUGCUCAGGGCCCAUCAGGAGCAGCUGGAGCGGGAGAAGCUGCAGCGGGAACAGAGGGAGCUCCAGCAGCGCGCCCAUGCCGAAGAUCUGCGGCGGCAGAUCCAGGAGCUCCGGCAGCAGCGGGAGCGGGAGCGGGCGGCCUUCAUUGAGGAGGGCCGGCAGCAGGAGCAGGAGGUCCGGCAGCGCAACCGGCGCCUCGCCCAGCUCGGGCAGCAGAAGCUGCAGGAGUUCAGAGCCACUGGAAUGCCCGACAAGUACUGUGCCCAGGUGGAGCGCAAAGCCCAGAGACGAGCCAACGCAGCCCUCUCCUAGGCCCAGCCCCAACAGGGACCAGCUGGGAUUCCCCACGGAUUUGAGGCUCAGUUUCCAUUGUCCUGGAUUAUGAGGUGGGCUGUAACCAAACCAUGUAUUCUACUCCCAUUGACAUCGUUCUGAUGAACUGUUAAUGGUCACUCCCAGCUGCCCAGCGCACACUCGACCCGUCAGGCUGCAAGCUGGGUGUCAGGUAAGGGACAGAGGCAAAGCCAGUGUUCGUUUGUCUUCCCAAACUGACUUGGCUGUGAUAACCACACCCAGCCUAAGCGGUCACCUCUGCCUGUGGGCCAUCGUGGCUCUCGGGUCCCAGUGGGCAGCCUGUGGACACCCAGGUCUUCAAGGACUCCCCAAAAUAUCCUAUGAGUCAUAGAAAUACAUAAUUCCAUUGUGGAAUUCCCCACCCUGGGGGAGGUAUUGAACAUUCCUGCCUGAAUCUGGCUAUAUAUCUGAGCACCUUGGGGACUUGGGACACCACCACUGCUCAAUGGACCCAGAGGAGGACCAGACCUUCCCCAGGACCACUGCUUUCGACAAGGCUGCUGCCAUCACUUCAACAGGACUGCGCCCACCACCCUGACCCAUAGGAUGUAAGGUUGUACUCUGUAUUUGUGGUUUUAAGCCAGUUUUGUGUAUCAUUGCAUUUGUUGUAAUCUUUCUAUUAAAUUGUAAUUCCAACCUGAAAUCUC